AGAAAAGUGAAAAUAAGUGAAAUUUUACUGCAACAGAAAAAAAACUAAAUUCAACAAAUAAAUUGGAUAUUUGCCCAGAAAUUUCUCAGAAACGACGAAACAAGUGUUUGUGCACAGAAAAUAUUGAAUAAGCAAACACAACAAAUACCCGAAUGAUAUCCGGACGACUGUCAUAACAAAAUAUCGCACGACCGUGUUCAGUUUGUUUUUAAUUUUAACUUGAGAAAAAAAUACAAACAUAUGUAACGAAACACACAAAAAAAAAUCAUUAAAAAUGGCAAAACCGAUCUCACUUAACAAAUUUGUUGGUUGUGACGAAAACAAUGGAAAUCCGACAAAUCCUUUCAAUCCGGAUGAGGAUGAAUUCGGUGAUUGUCUCUUCAACCCAGAUUCUGAUUUGAAAAAUAACGUGAGCAAAAAACGAAAUACGAUAAUUGUGUCUCCAGUAAAACCAGUGAAACGCAAAAAGAACGAAGAUUCUCCGGUGAACCAUAAAAAAAUUGAAUCAUCGCCAAAAAUUGCGCCGAUUACAAAAUUGCCAAGCAAAGAUAUGAAAAUUGAGCCAAAAAUCGUCGCAAAGCCUCCUUUGCCUCCAAAACCUUCCAUCGUGGCUGCUGGUCAAAAAAUUCAAAAGUCUUUCAGUACACCAGGAUCAACGCCUAAAAUGAAACGAAAAGUAGAGGAAGCUAAUAACGCGACAUUGGUACAAAAGUUGUCAGCUCAGUCGGAACAAUUAAGACUCGAAAUUUCGUUAUUAAAAACCGCUUUGAGUCAAGAAAAGAAUGCUGUAAGAGCUUUAAGAGCUCAAAAUGAAGCAGAAUCCCGACGAUUGAAGCAAGAUAUCAAACGACUUCAAGACACAAUUCAAAAUCAGAAAACGAGUUCCUUGAAAAAGGGACUUGCUCCUGCUCCAGCAAAAGGAAACACAGAGACACAUCAAGCAGAAAUUGCACGACUUAAUCACGAAAUUGUCACUUUACGAGAGGCUUUUAAGAGUUUGGAUGAUAAAUAUCAGUCAUCCUUGAAAGCCGAAAAUCAAAAACUGGCAGAGCUGAAAGACUCGUAUGAGCAACGAUUGACUCAAACAUCUCUCUCAGCCAAAACUGAAAUUCAACGAUUGCUGGAAGAGUUAAAAUCGAAGGAACAUCUUUUGACACAAGCCAGAGACGAACUUUCUUUUAACCACAAGCAACGCGAAGAAGAAACUCAACACAACGAAGCUCGCUUUUCGCAAAAGAUGCGAAAAAUAAAUGAAUUUGAGCAUAUAAACGGCGACGAUGACGAUAUCAUCGACGAUCACCUACUUUUUGACGAAGAAUCCUUCAGUAGUAGUAACAGUCUAACAAACGGCACGAAAUCACAACAGACGACAUGUGGAAUGGCUUCGUUGCAUGAAACAGAAGACAUCGAGGCGCAGCCACAUGAAUCACCUAACAAUAGCUUUAAGGAGACAAAAAUUAACAUAAAUAUGGCAAAUAACAAGGAUUUGACGCGCGAAACUUCCGUAUCGUCGGAUCUCGAUUCGGCCCUGUCGUCGGCGCCGCAAUCGCUGAGUCCGCAACCACAAACGUGCCCCAACUCGCCCGUUGUGUGGCCCAAAGAGCGCGAUAAACGGAUACAAGAGGAAAAUGAGGAAAUUACGGAACUUUUGGCGGAAUUGGAAUGUGCCAGGCAGCAAAUUAAGGCGCUGGAAGAGGAAUUAACAGAGCUUAAAAAUAAAGAUCCAUCAAAAAAAUUAAAGGAACGCUGUAGAAAAUUAGAACAUCAGGAGGCAGCUUUAACCAAAGAGCUCCACGAAGUCCGAGAACAAAAUGAAUUACUCGAGUUCCGGAUAAUUGAAUUGGAAGAAGCACAUGAUAAGUGGUCGGUGCGGAGUAACUCGACACCGUCGGGCACGACAAAAGACGUGUGGACCGACACGGAGAAAGAAUCGGAAGACAUUGUGAUGUCCGAGAGGUCAGAUUCGGGCGUUACGUCACCCAAUAAUAGUCAUCAUCACUCCGAAGAUCAACACAGUGUAUCGCCAUGCGAUUUAUCGCUUCUAGAUCAACUGCCAACAGAAGAGAUCCGCAAACGGAUCCGUGAAAUGUCGAAACGUAAUUGCUACGACGAAGACGACAAAACGUGCCUUAUGCAAGUGCUGUCCUUGCUAAAUAACCUCGAGGCCUUAUCCAAAGAUCAUGACACCAUCUCGACACGCAGCUCACAAAGUUGCACCGACGAUGAGAACACCUACAAGCCAAGUGAAAGCGAAACGCACCAUUUACGGACCUUGUCGCUCGUGACGGCGUCCCCUUUCAAAUCACAAAGUGGCAAAAUUAUCGCAACUGUGCAACCUUUCAGCAGCAGCAACGAGGAUUUGUAUCGUUCGCGCUCGGAAUUGCCGUCUGCGGUGCAGAAGAAAAAGUCCUGGAUCAACACAAGUUUGCAGGAAAGUGGCGUCUUUGAAGGAGAUCCAGCGGAUUUUUGUACGGCAACGACGCAAACCGAACCGGAAGACUUCCCGGAGAAGACAAAUGCCGAAUUGUGUGCCGAAAUUGAGAAAUUAAACAAAUUCAGGGAGAAAAUCGAGGAAUUUUCGACGAAAAAAUUACCGUUACUGCCGCCGACGGAGAUCGAGCGACGUUUGCAAUACUACCGCGAACGCGUCGCAGUUUUAGAAAAUAAGGUUUUAGUGUACGAGAGCACAGGUGAUACGCAAACGAAGCAUUUGGCGGACCGAUUGCAGCGGGAAAUCCAGCUGGAAAGCAUCGUCAAGCAGUAUUCCGAUAAAAUUGCGAAACUCACGCGGGACUUUCGACGCGUCGAGGACGAACGGAACGAACUGGAGGAAAUUGAAAACGAUACGCGACUCGCGAAUCAGCGGAUUGAGGAAGAAUUGGAAGUCAUGUCACAACGGAAUGUCGAACUAGAAAUCUCGAAAGAUACCUACAUGGAAAAAUAUCACGAAGCCAAAGAAAAUGUCGCGUGUCUCGAAGAGUGUUUGCAAAAGUGCGAAGAACGAAUUUUCGUGCUGGAGGAACACGAGAACGACUUGAAGCACCAACUGGAGACCAUAACGCAAUUUAUUCCGCUCGUGGGAGUUUAUUGCGCCUGGAAGGGACGCGAAUCGGCGAUGCCAGCAAUUGCGCCCGUUGCACCCCCGAUGCCCGCAGAAGUGCCCCAAACAGUCAUUCAAACCAUCGUGGAGAAAUGUUCGUGUGAUUCCGUCACGGAAAAGCUCCAAACGCGAAUUAAUGAACUUUUGGCACGCGAAAAAGAUCUCCUGCAAAAUAUCUCGGAGCUAAAUCGGGCCUACAAUGAAACCCUCGAAAAUGCCGACAAUUUGUGGGCUCAAAUGGAACGCGACUACAAAGAAAAAAUUUUCAAGUACGAAGAAGGCGAGAUGAAUCUUAAAUCAAAACUGGCCCAACUCGAAGAUCGCUUGAAACACGACAGCGCCUACGCCCAAGAACGCAUCACGCAUCUGGAGGAAUCCGAAACCGCCAUGAAGGAGCGCAUCUCGAAACUCAUCAAGGAAAACAAGGAAAUUCUCGCCAAAAAUGCCGCUCUUCUCGAGGAAUGUCGCCAUCUCAAGGAAGAAUACACAAAACUCCGGCAAUAUGUCGACGGUCCCGCUGCAGAGGCGCUCGAAAAGGAAAAACGUAAAAUCAAAGUGCUCGAAGAUGAGUUACUCAUGACGACAAAAAUGCUGAAACACACGGAGGAAGUGCACCAAGACGAAUUGUCGCUGCUGAAAACGCAACUCAAGUCGGCCAAUAAGGAACUGACGCACACCGAAGUCACCAAUAGCGAACUCAAAGAGGAAGUUGAGACACUAGAAGCUAAAAUUAAGGAGCUCGGAAGUCAAAGGGCGAUGUAUGAAGACAAAAUUAAGUAUUUGACGGAGGAGUUGAAACACAAAGAAAGGGCCGUGAAACCGCCUUUCCUGACGGAACGAACGUUGGCGCAGGAGUUGGCGAGACCAAUUAGACGCGGAUAUUCUUCCGAUAGCUCUGAUAGUUCAAAACGGUCCACCGAGUUUUUGGACAGAAUUGAAGAAGCACGCCCCCAUCGCGAAUUCCGGUCAGUAGCUGAUACAAUUAUCAUGAAUGCCGAAACACGUGCUUGUCGUGCCACAAAGCGAUCCUUCGUUGAAGAGGCACGCAGUCGAUUUGCGCGAUGGGUAUGAGCAGCAGUCUAACACCAAUCGCACCACAAAAAAAGAUAGAAUCUGAAUUAACCACCGAUUUAGCUAAUCUAAGACUUUCCGAACACGAAACCAGUUAUCAUAGAGUUAUAGCCAGCCAGUGCGAAGAAGUAACAGAUACAGAUAAAGAGGACAUUUUGCUGGAGACCCUUAAACACGAGAUAAGUGCCUUGAAGGAAAAGCUUGGAAUUGACCCAAUGGAUGACGAAUCACCUGAAUCAUUAGAAAAUAGCAAUAAUAAAGAAACAAAUAACAAUAAACCAUCCUCCUCUGAAUUACCUCCCAAAUCCCCGUCGCCAAAAGCCGACACCCCAACAAGUCCCGUUCAAAUUCUCUGUGUCCAUGCACACCCACCCGAUUUACUUGUCCAUUGGAAACCCACCAUGUCUUUACCUGUUUCCGGUUACGAAGUAAGAAACGCACACAAAACAUCCCACAAAAAACGCGCUGCCCAACUCCCCACUUUCUUUUCCCCGUAUAGAUAGACAUUGACGGAGUCCCCGCAGCCAAAACGUAUUCGGCGAUACGUACCGCUGCCUUUCUCUAUGACGUUGACGUUACGCGAAAUCAUCUGAUCACAAUUUAUGCCAUGCCAUGUCCCGAUGACUUUGAGCCAGAUCCCGUCUUUUACAUGCCCGGUUGUUUUCGCUACCAACCCAAUGGGAAGGAUGAGUGUUUCUGGCAACCCGAUGACGAUGGCUGCAACGAGUAAAAGUUUUUUUGAAGAAUAAAUCUAGUCGCUUGCCUUUCCUUCGCCCGCCCCUCCUCGAUGACAUGCACCUCUUGUGAAGUCCCCGUUCUUUUGUAAAUAAUGAAUGAAAUCCUUGUGCCUGAGCUUCCGACAUUUAAUUUUAGAAUUAGUAGAAAUAAUCUCACAGACUUUGUAUACUAAAUAAACUAAAACUAAACAUUUAACGAUAAAAUUAAGAAAUUUUCAUAGAAUUAUAUUUGAUUAAGUUAUUUUUCUUUUUUUUUG